UCUAUUUUUGUUCACUAUUCUGAAUAUGGCGGGAAAUGUAAAUGAUACAAAUUGAAGAUGAAUCAGAUUGAGAAUCACGAAACAGAAGAAAAUGCAAACUUAAACGUAUUUGUAGAAUACAAAGCCAUCCUACAAAGAUAUGUAUUAGAACAUCAUACAGAAAACUUGGUGGAUAUCUUACUGAAUGAGGAUAAUGAAGAUCACUUCUCAGUUACUGUCAAUGCCCUGUCAUUAUUUGAACACAACAUGUCAAUUUGUGAAGUGCUGUUAUCCAAUCCUGACAAGUUGUUUCCUGUGUUUGAUGCAGCAAUGGUGGAAAGUCAGAGUGUCUUGAUGACAAAUCAUCCACAGAAAAAUGUUAUGAAUGUAAAGAAGCAUAUCCAUGCAAGAAUUAUGUCUUUGCCUGUUUGUCCUGAGCUGACCAGAACUACACUACCUAGAACUGCUGAUGUAGACAGCUUCUUGUCAAUAACAGGAACCGUGAUAAGAACCACUGUUAUGAAGAUGUUAGAGUAUGAAAAAGAAUAUAUCUGUGCUAAAUGUAGAAGUAUAUUUACAGUAGAGGCUGACAUAGAACAGUUUUAUUCAGUAGGAAAACCAAGCAAGUGUACUAAUGAAGCAUGUAACUCCACAAACUUUACACUCGUCAAUGACACAGGAGGUCAACCUGUAAACUGUAGAAAUUAUCAGGAAAUAAAGGUCCAAGAACAAGUACAGAAACUAGCCGUAGGGACAAUACCCCGAUCCAUGUGGGUUAUACUAGAGGAGGAUCUGGUGGACACUUGUAAGGCAGGGGAUGAUGUCACUAUAUGUGGAACAGUUAAAAGAAGAUGGCGACCAUCAUCAGUAGACAGUCGAUGUGAAAUUGAAGUUGUAAUGAAAGCGAACCAUGUUCUAGUGACCAAUGAACAGCGUAACUCAGUUCUCGUCAAUCAAGAUCUGAAAAAAGAAAUUCUAUCAUUUUGGGAGAGUCAUUCUCAUCAACCACUGACAGGGAGAAAUCAGAUCUUGACCAGUUUUUGUCCACAAGUCUAUGGAUUAUAUGUGGUCAAACUUGCAGUAGCUAUGGCUUUAGCUGGUGGGGUUCAGAGAGUGGACGAAACAGGAACCAGAGUAAGAGGAGAAAUACAUAUGUUAUUAGUUGGGGAUCCAGGCACAGGAAAAUCUCAGUUUCUGAAGUAUGCCACAAAGAUAACUCCACGGUCUGUUUUAACAACAGGGAUAGGUAGUACAAGUGCAGGACUUACUGUAACAGCUGUCAAGGAUGGUGGUGAGUGGCAGUUAGAAGCAGGUGCUUUAGUCCUAGCUGAUGGUGGCCUCUGUUGUAUUGAUGAAUUCAAUAGUAUCAGAGAACAUGAUAAAGCCAGUAUACAUGAAGCUAUGGAACAACAAACAAUCAGUGUGGCCAAGGCUGGUAUGGUUUGUAAACUUGACACAAAGACAAGUAUCCUAGCUGCUACCAAUCCUAAAGGCCAUUAUGAUCCAAAUGAGUCACUGAGUGUAAAUGUUGCUUUAGCCAGUCCAUUGUUGAGUAGAUUUGACUUAGUAUUAGUACUGUUAGACUCCCAGAAUGAAGACUGGGAUAGAGUUGUAUCCUCAUUCAUACUGGAAAAUAAAGAUCCUCUAGGUGAUGUUGACCCCAGAUCUCUUUGGAGUAUGGAGAAGAUGCAGGCUUACAUAUCACUGAUUAAAACCAAUAAUCCAGAACUUACUGAAGAUGCUAGCAGGGUUUUAAGGGAGUAUUACAAGGCACAAAGAGGAGCCGAUGAUAGAAAUGCUGCUAGGACUACCAUGAGGUUACUCCAGAGCAUGAUAAGAUUAUCCCAAGCUCAUGCCAGACUUAUGUUCAGAAACACAGUAACAGUACAAGAUGCAGUUGUUGCUGUCACAUUGAUGGAAUCAACCAUGCAGGGUGCUGCAUUAUUAGGAGGGGUCAAUGCUUUGCAUACAGCCUUCCCAGAUAGUGCUGAGGAGGAAUAUAAAUUACAAGCUGAACUGGUACUUAAUAGAUUGAGUUUAACUGAUAUUUUGGAAGAUGAGAUGAAAAUACUGGAGAACUACAAAAAUUUAAUUGUAAAUGAGACGGUGGACAUUAGCCAAAGGAGUAAUACACAGAAUAGUAAUGUAACUCACACAGAAGUUAUCUCAGAAACUAUGGGCACAAUAACACAGAACACUGUAGAUUCACAAACAAGUAGUAUUAUCCAAUCACAGAGCUCUAUUGAUUCACAAACUAGUCAUAUUAACCAAUUACAGAACACUGUCCAUUCACAAACAAGUAACAUUAAUCCAUCACAGAAUUCUGUAGAUUUACAAAACAGUAGUAUUUCACCAUCACAGACAACAAGGGACAUAACCCAGUUAUCUAAUUAUCAAAGAGAAGUAUCACCUGAAGCCGAUGACAAUUCAACAGAUGUCAGAAAGCAGAAAACAAUUACUGAAAAUGUAACAAAUAAUUCUGUAUCUAGUGAAUUACCUGUACCCGAUAAUUCAACACAGAAGCGAACAUCAAAUGCUGAGACUUUUCAUCGAUUGAAAAGAAGAAUAGAAAUUCAUACAAAUUCUUACAAACAGUUCCCUAGUGAGGAAAUUGAUAAAAAUGACAAAAAUAACAAAACAGAAUCAAAUUUACAAUGUAGAUCAAGAGAAAACAGUUCUGAUAGCUCUGUUAAUCAUGAAAACGUGUCAUUAGAUUUACUGAAUUGUAGUGGAACUGAAUCGUUCUCUCUCUCUCAUCCUGUAGUAUGUCCAACUGUUGGACUAACUCCAGGUGAAUCAAAUGAUACACCUUUCACUUCAACACAACUGUCAAGGGUAUCCCCUCAAGGUCACAAUGAUGGAAUACAAACUUUGGACAUCUCAUCUGUCCUUGAUGACAAGCAGGCAGUUACACCUGUUUCUAAAAAUCAUGUCGCUGGUGUUAUCAAGAAUAGGAAUGAUAGAACUCACAAACAUCUAAAUAGCAAAACUAAUGAAGUACUAGAUGAGAAUAUAGAUUUUAUAGAUGAAAUUGAUGUUGAGCUCAAAAGUAAAGGUAAACUGAUUUAUGUGAAAGAUAAAGGUGAAACAAAUAACAAGUACUUUAAAGGGAAGAAACUUGUUGAAAAACUUAAAUCUAAAAUUGGCAAUAAGGAACCAGGAGGAAAAAUGGAUUAUUUGGAAGAAACUGAAAGUCAGGAAAAAACAUUUAAAAAUGGGCACAAGAAAGAAACUCCCUCAAAUACUACAGAAAAAGUCCAUGAACUGAAGGAAAAGAUUCCAGCAAGUACUAUUUCAAAGUUAAAACAGUUUGCUUUUAAUAAAGCUAAUUCGUCUAUUGUAAGAAAACAGGAACAGUCAUGUGAUGAAUCCGAUAUGUGUGUGGUGGAUGUACUUCAAAAUCAGGGUCAAAAGAGUGGAAGGAAAGUGAGCGGAGAAGAUAGCGGACUAUCUGAAAGUAUGAUGUCUGGACAUCUGUGGACAGAUACUAUUCAAUCACAAAAUAGUACUAAUUCUAAUGGGGGUUCAAAUUCUCAAAUACGAGACACCACAAUUGACAAUUCAACAAAAAUAAAACGGGCAUGUGAUUUAUUAAAUCUUGUACGCAACACAACAAAUAGUAACUCGAAAGACUCAACACCUUCAAGUUCACAAUCACCAAAAUUACCUGUCAGUAGCCAGUCAUCAAACAAUGGUUCAAGUGAGAUUGUACCUCAGUGUUUACAAAGCCCUUCAUGGCUAACGACAUUAAAUUCUAGGAAAUUAUCUACUCCUGUAUUCAGUGUAACUAAUGAUGAUGAUGAUGAUUUAGACGAUCUUGACCUUGAAUUAGAUGUCCGUUCAAAUCCUUCGAAAAGACAAAAAGUGUCAUGAAAAAUAAAUACAUUU